AUGGCUUUCCAGGUCCCAACACACGUCCCCCGACGUAGGACCUCAUAUUCUUCUCCCCAACCUCCUCCUGUGCUUGAUAUCCCCCCAACCUCCCCAGACCAACGCGAUGACGAUACCACACAAUGGGUGCUGUUCUCCCCAACCGCACGCACACACACGACCUCGACCGAUCGCACCCGCACUGCGGGCCCAUCCAGAUUAAGUGAUUUUGGUUCCUUUGCCGCAACUCCUUCAGCAAACGGUGUCGACGAUGAUGACGCCCUCUAUGGCCAACUAGACGAAGAGGGCACCGAACUAGACAGCCUCGACGACGGAUUGCAUGCCUUCCGAGCUCCUACCCUUGCACCAGCUUCCCCCACAAGGAUGGAACAAGGGCCACCGGCGAUGCUUCCAGCCCAUGACGGGUUAGGUAGUUUCCAGGCCUCGAGUCAGGUGGUGCAAGAUCAGCUCUGGCAGCAUGAACAGUACAACCCACAGCGACGGUCGUAUGCCCACCUUCAACACCGUCGUCACUCGAGCGUGCAGAGACAUUUGGAUACCGUCGAAGAGGGCGAGGCGAAUAUUGAGCGUGAAAGAUGGCAGAGAAUCGAACAAUGGCGCAUGGAUCAGAGCAGGGCCCUACUCCAGGAAAUUGAACGGGAGACCCGUCAACGACGGAACAGUCGUGCCAGCCGAUCGAGUGUUCAGCGGUCCGUUGAUCAUACGCCGCAAGCGAGCGUUCUCGACGAAUCAUCCAUACCGGGGGAAUUAUCUCUACCGGAAGCGGUCUCCGAAGACGAGGAGUCUUUCUGGCGUCGUAUUACUCGUAAGGUAAUCAGAGACCUGAUCGGAAUCGAUGACUCCUUGCUGUCUGUGAUCUUCGGUGAGUCAUUGCCGCUGGACGCGCAACCUCAUGGUCAGGAAGAGCCACUUGAUAUGGAGACUGUGCUAGCCUGCGAAGCGGAGCCAGAGCAUGGCGAUGCACCGAUGUGGCAGACCAAAGUGCUCCAGAGGAUUGCCCAUGAGCUCGGUGUUCUUGUACAUCAACUUUGUGAACACCCAGGUGCAUUUACUACGUAUUAUCAGAUGACGAAAGAUAUAUCCGCUGAAUACGCGGGUAUGUCCAUCAACCGUCUAGCAGAGAGCGACGUAUCGCAGAAGCCGUUCGAGUCAACUGCACAAAGCGCUGGCGAGACUACUGGUGAUUCUAUGCCUUCACCUCAUUUCAUGCCCACACUCCGCGAUCCCAAUCGCGAACACGAAGCGCAAUGGGGUAUCGAAGACGACGACCCGAUGGGAUCCCAUUCAACGUCCGAUGCAGCACGAGCCCAAGACGAACAGGAGUACUGGGAACGCGGACUCGACGUAAUGAUGGUAUUCCGCUACUUACGCAACCGCUUUAGCCGUCGUGGCUACAUGCCCAAUGAAGCUCAACCUCCUUCCCCAUCUCGCCGACCCCAAGAUGCAUCCCGUCGAGCAGCCAUCAUUCGACAACACCACCCACUGGUCGCGCGUGCCCACAUUCGCUCCCAAACCCAGACCCGCCGCGCAUCACAGUACUCUGGUGUAUCAGGUCCCACUGGUGUCUCUUCACCCCUUUUGCGUCCUCAUCUCCGUCGCCCUGGCUCUAGCUGCGCCAGCCAAAGCGCUAAACUCUCUGUCAUCUCAAGUCGGCGGACCAUGACUGGUUCCAGCCGGAAUUACUGGGAUAUUGGCGGAAGUGAGAGCAAUAGUGCUAUUGGUGUCGGAGCCGGUCUCGGCACCUGGGGCGAAGUGUGA